CGGGCCGGUGCUGGUGCGGCACAGACAGCAGCGGUGGGAGAUAAACCAGCAGCUCCCCCGCGCCGGGAUUUGAGCAAUCAGGAAAUAUAAUCCGGGCUGGAAAGUGCCCGAGCAUCUGCUGGGUUAUUAAUAAAUUGUAUGCAAUCUGUCCGCGGUGAACCCGGGGCGGAGGGAACCAUCUGCUCCCGAGCUGGAGCGCUGAUGGGAUCUGGGGAAUGAAGUCGCCGGGGUCGGCAGGCCGCGCAGCGGGGCUGCCUCCCGCACCUUGCCGCCGCCGCCGGGGGCAGCGGAGCUGGCGGGGCCGCAGGUCCCCAAGCGAGGACGUGGUGGAGGGCACGGGCUGAGCACCCCGGGGUGCCUGCUCUGCGCACCGCUUUCCUUGGGCCACGGCUAAUUGCCCCCCUAGACCUUAUUCUUCACGUUUUAUUCUGCGCCAGCAGCCGAGGUCCAGCCCGCCGCCGGGUGCCCGUGCCCGUUUGCACCGGGGUACGUGGGGACUGGUGAGGUGCUGCUACAAACGUCGCCAUGUGGUUUGCAGGAGGCUGGGGCGCGGAGAGGUUAUUGCAUGAGCUGUCUCCACAGAUUGAGGAGCCAAAAUGAUAAUCGCUGAAGGAUGUCUCUGCAUCGCCGCGGUCGUCCUGAGGAGCACUCGGUGCAGCGCUAUCCUACACAAAGGCGAGCUGUGGACAAAGCCUCCAGCGACAAGAGAGAUGCAGAAAAAGAGCUGCUGCGGCUGCCCAUGCGAAGCCAAACCCUUGCCGGACCCCAGCGCUCGGAUCAAGGCACGGCCGCCGCCAGCCUCCGCCGCCUGCCCGGCGCCACUCCGUGCUCACGGUGUCGCUGUCGCCCGCUAGAAGCCGCCGCGGCGCUGCCGGGAUAUUUCCUGUGCUGGAGGAAGAGCGAAGAGGAAGAAAAAAAGCAGAUUUUCGUCUGCUCCCCUGCAAACGCUGCGGAUCCCAAUUUGGGGGGGAGCCUACCCCGCUGAGGAGGAAGGGCUUAGAAGAGGCGGAUUUUCCCCCAGCUCUCCGGCCGGGACCAUCGCUCGGUGCCGGGGCGCAGCAGGGCGACAGCGGAAGGCUUUUGCCUGGCCCUGCGACACGUCCUGUCACCGCGCGAGUGACAGGCUGAGCGCCGGCAGCAACCACCCGGCGGCCGGGCACAAAGCAAUGGACAUCGCCGGCAGCUUCCCUAAAAACGCGGGGAGAGGAAGGCUCUGGAUCUGCCAAGGUCCUGAAGACAGAGGCAGAAAGGGGCGGAUUUGUCGCCCGUUCCCCGCUCUGGGAUCCUGGUUGCUGAAGGCGAAGCGCGGGGCAAACCCCGCAGUGCCUCCGGCCCCCGAGCGACCGCUCAGCGCCCGCCGUGCCCCCAGACCGCCGGAUGGUUCCUUUCCCCGUGCUUAGGGCACUUCUGGAUUUAAACGUUUUCGGUCUCGGGAAGGCUUUGAAACCCGAUCUUCGCUUUUCUGGGCCGUGCUCGAGCCUCCAGGCUGUGUCAAAGAGGCGUGAGGGACCCGCUCCGCGGGAUGCGGCUGUGAGCGCUUUCUUCAAUGCUACUUGACUGCUUCACAUCGUUUUCCAGACCGAACCACGAGGCUAAUUAGCUCAUGUUUGGAAUCCUAACAUUUUAUACAGAUCAACAUCACUUCCAACCGACACAGACCCUCACCAGUUGACAUACACACGGAAAUCGAAAAUUUCUUUGUUUACUGGCCCUUCAGGAGGCAACAGGCUCUUCGUCCCGGAUCCCCGUCGAUGGGGACAGUCACCCUGUGCCGGCUGGUCCGGAGCUGCUGCUCGGCCCUUUCCAUCUCGGUGAUGGAAAAAGUCCUGGGUCACAGCACCGACUGCUGGAGCUGCGGCUUUUCUCCCUCCUCCAAUUCUUCGUCUCUUGCCUCAGAGCGUAAUUAAAGUCACGCUUUGAGUUCAGUGGGGGCCGCCAUAGGGCUCUCCAAAUCUCCCUGGAAAAGUCUGUCCGUCUCCACUGACUAAAGGACAGGCAGAGGCGAACCUCCCAGCCAGUCUGAGCUGCUCCAAAUCCCUGCCGUUGGGCUGUACCUGCUCUUCUAAAAAUCCAGCGCUCACUCUGUGAUCUCUGAUGAUGGAUAAACUGAGCUUGGGAGGCCGAGACUCCUGGUUAUUUCACACCCCUUUAGCGAGGCAGUCACCCCUUCUGUCUAAUGCAGGAGGCUCGGAGAGCAACGCCCAAGUCAGCCGUCGGGUCCUCAGGGCGAGCAACACUCCUCCCCUGAUGCUCAGUCCGUGGCACAGCGCCCAUUCUGAGACUCAGCAGAGUCGGAAGAGGGAAACUAAGCCGUUAGACAAUAGAAACUCCACCAGCUCGAGUGCUUUUUUUGCAGAAUCUUCUCAGUUUCUCCCUAUGAACUUGGUGGCUUCACAUUACAGAUACAGGUGUUGUAAAAGGCAAAUUAGUUGUGCAUCCGUGUUUACAAUGCAAUGCAAUGCUACAGUGCUUGAGGAUUUGCCUUACCCUCUGCAGAAGCUGGAUUUAAUCAGAAAGUGAGAAUCCCACGUGGGCUGGAUUUGAGUAAGCACGAAUCUCUUCCAACUUGUAGGUUAUCUUGGAUAGUUUGUUUCUUUGCUUCCAGAAACAUCUUUAUCCCUAGCAAAGCUCAGAUCUCCGGCAUUGUGAGACCAUUUAUUCGAGCUGCUUGGUGGAUAUAGAAAUUAUAUAGAAAUGAUGCAGACAACUACUCAUAACACAGGAGGAGGGACGCCGUGUCUUCUGUUCUUGGUAGUAAUGCAUGUUUUCUCUUUAGCAAUUGUCUUCCCGAUUAAAACAUGCUACUACGUUUUUAAAGCAGUCUUUUAGAACUUAGUACAGCUCUAAGAUACUUGAAAGUAAACGAGUGUUGUGUUUUUGCCAACAAUGGUAUUAUAUUCUCAACAUUAUGAAUAUGGCAGGAAACUAUUUGUCCAGAGGCGAUCUACUUAUUCCAGGUAAGUGGAUGAAUUUAGCAAGUGGGUAAGCAGGAAAAAUAUAUAUAUCCUGCUUAAACACAUCUUGUCCUGGAUUCACGUGGAAUGAUCUCGAUGGCUUUGUUGACAGACAAUCUGUCCCAGCAUCUCUUUCUAUGCACGAGUCAAGACGCUGAUCUCCACCUAAACCCUUACUUCCUUUUACUACACGAAACUGAAACAAACAAACCAAAGACCAACUCUACAUUUAGAUCUUAUUUUCCAGGAAUUUCAGUAGUCGGGAACGUGUCUUUGGAUUAAUUUUGCAAAAUCGUGCCUUGUACAUUCUUACUCGUGGAAUUCCUCUGUUUGAUAACAGAGUAACCAUCUGCCUUCGCCUGGAAAAGUCAACAAAACACAUUUACACUGAACGGGAUAGAUUUUGUUUCCGUCUGUGGUAGUAACAGAGUGAGCCGCAGAAAAUACCUAAACUUAAAGAAUGGAAAAAAAGGAAAAAACGUGCUGUGUUACAUUCUGGGUAUGGCAGAAACGUGUCCGUGGGCUUAGGGAGUCGCAGUACCGGCUGCGGUAGUGUCUGCCAGAGGUCACGAUUACCGUUCUCCCUGGGCUGCUCCGCUGGGGAGCAGCGCCGGAGGGAAAGACUUCUUCGGGGGCUGAAAAUCCACUGUGCUCCAUCUGUAAGGAUUUGGGAUAGGAAACGUGGUGUCUCUGAAUGACCCUCGGGGCGAUGAGUCUGUCGUGGGCAGGGAUUAAAAAACAACAACAACAACAAAAAACAAACAAACAAACAAAAAACAGUAAAGGUGCUAAGACGCAGGAGGAAGAAGCAUUCAUCUUUUGCGUUUUGAGUUUCAGCCGGAUAAAGGCAAGACGGCAUAAACCAAAUACAGCGGGCAUCAAGGACUAGAUACGGAUCUGGACUCGAGACAUGAUUGCUGUUCCUAGAAAGCCUGACUACCUUCAGCGGUGGAUUUCCGCAUGCGUCUGCGAGAAGCCGGAGAGCAGAGAGGUCAGCAGGCACAGCCGUGGUCAGUGCUCCUGAACCAAGUUCUGUGUGCGGGAUCUGCAGGGAUAAGGCGGCGACUUGCUCCCAGCUUUAGCGCGGCUGCUGCCGGUGCGCGAGGCAGGUGACGGCGGAUGCAAAGGUGGCCAGACAAGAGCUAUGUAGGCAGGUGGUGGGCUUUGCCCUGGAGCUUCAGAGGAUGGUGGAGAAUCCUCUCAGUGCAGCGCACCGGGCUUUGCCGGGGACUGGGAGUGGGUACUGAGGGGUGACACUGAGCCGCCAGCGGCAGCAUCCUGCCCCGCCGGCGUGCCUGUAGAAGACGGCGAGCACGAACGGCGAAGAUACCCUUAAAAGCAGAAAAUCUCAGCCCUGUCUCAUCUGAAGGAAGGAUCUCGCCGGUAACACGACUCUUCCGCUCUCUCCCAAGGGACUGCAGCAUCCACGCGUAGUGUGCUUGUCUCCUCUCCCUUCCGCCCUCCUAUGGCCCCCACUCCGAGAGGUUUGGAACUGGCGCUUGUGAGAGUUUGCUCUCACUUCGUGUCUCCUUUCCUUUGAGCGUUUCACAGCAAGGUUACUACGACCCUGCACUGUCAGCAGAGCGGGCAGGAAACGGGGAAUCUCCCCCGGGAAGGAGCUGUCGCAGAACCGCCCAGUUCCCACUGAAGGAAGCCGUGGAGAGGACCCAGCGACCGCGAGUGGAAGAAGGGGAUCUGUUUCCCUGUUUCGACUUCGCCCCCUGCUCACAGUCCUUGUAAGAGUUACUCGAUCAGUCUGAGAAUCCGCUUCCGGGUGUUUUAUCUACAAGAGAGGUUUAGAUUUAUUUGGUUGUAAAGUAUGAAUAGAACGGCAUUAAAUAGAGCAUGUUUACAGAAACACUUCAUUUAGACCUCAAGGUUUCUAACAGGAACACCGAUCACGGUGAUUUUGGGAGCUGUCAAAUACAUUCAGCACAUUUCAUGGCAUGAUAGUGUCACUUGGAAAAGAAUUGUGAAUGAUUAGUUAGCGUCACAUUGUAAAGAAAACUAUAUGCACUUCUCCUGAACUAGAACAGUGAAAAGCGUUGCAGGUGAGUACUCGGCAACAACCUCAAACAGAAGUGCCUGGAAUGGAAAAUGGCAAAACCGGAGCUAAUUAAGAGGCGAUAUGCAGAGCACGGUAAGAAGCAAUACCUACAGACUGCCACAUGAUGCCGCUCUGACAUAAUAAACGCAUGAUGAAAAAGGGGGAGGAUGAGGGGAACACCUUCCGGUACCCGUGAGAAAUAACGCAGAUGACAGAAAGAGCUGCAAGGAAGAGGACGCGCAGCCAUUGCAAGAGGAUCCUAAUACCGAGUGCAGCCAGAAACUAUAAAUAUACACAUCAGGACCUACAUGGUGGAGAGAAGACGAAAUUGGUGACAGCAAUGGGCGUUUGCGGACCAACACGGCUGAGGUGGGGGCCUGUGGUGCGGGUGCUGGUGCUGCAGGCGGCCUGGGCGCUGGGCGGCGGGCAGGUGCGCUACUCGGUGCCGGAGGAAGCCAAGGGCGGCACGGUGGUGGGGCGGCUGGCGCAGGACCUGGGCCUGGAGGCGGGCGAGGCGGAGGCGCGGCGGCUGCGGCUGGUGGCGCAGGGCCGGCGGGCGAGCGUGGAGGUGAGCGGGGCGAGCGGGGCGCUGGUGGUGAGCUCGCGGCUGGACCGGGAGGAGCUGUGCGGGAAGAGCGCGCCCUGCGCCCUGCGCCUGGAGGUGCUGCUGGAGCGGCCGCUGCGCGUCUUCCACGUGGAGGUGGAGGUCACCGACAUCAACGACAAUGCGCCGCUCUUCCCCGCCGCUCUGGUAAACCUCAGUUUAUCGGAAACCUCGCCUCCCGGUUCCCGUUUCCCGCUGGAGGGCGCGUCGGAUGCGGACAUCGGAGCCAACGCGCAGCUUUCCUAUGCCCUCAGCCCCAGCGAGCACUUUGCUUUGGAUUUGCAGAAAACGGAGGAUGAUACCGAGUCGUUAUUCUUGGUGCUGAGGCGGCCGCUGGACCGCGAGUCGUUGGCCGAGCACCGUCUGGUGCUGACGGCGAUUGAUGGGGGCAGGCCGUCGCUGACAGGCACGGCGGAGCUGGUGGUGUCGGUGCUAGAUGUUAACGACAACGUUCCCCAGUUCGACCAGUCGGUGUAUAAAGUGCGGCUGCCGGAAAAUAGUGAACGGGGCAGUUUUGUGCUCAGAGUAAAUGCCACGGAUUUAGAUGAGGGCUCCAAUAGGAACAUCUCGUAUUCUCUUCAGAGCCUGUUUCCUCAGGAUGGACGAGACAUGUUUGAAAUUCACAAAACGAGUGGAGAGAUUCAUCUGAGAGGUACUUUAGACUUUGAGGACGUUGGACUGUAUCGCCUACAAGUGGAUGCAAAGGACAUGGGAAACCCACCGCUGUCGGGUCACUGCAAGGUGGUGGUGGAGGUGCUGGACGUGAACGACAACGCGCCCGAGGUGUGGGUGACGUCGCUGUCGGUGCCGGUGCCCGAGGACGCGUCGGUGGGGACGGUGGUGGCGCUGCUGAGCGUGUCGGACCGGGACUCGGGGGCGAACGGGCGGGUGCGCUGCGCGGUGUGGCCGCCGGCGCCGUUCGGGCUGGUGGCGACGUUCGCGGGCUCGUACUCGCUGGUGCUGCGGGAGGCGCUGGACCGGGAGCGGGUGUCGGAGUACGAGGUGGAGGUGCGGGCGGAGGACGGCGGGGCGCCGCCGCUGCGCGCCAGCCGCGGGCUGCGGGUGCCGGUGUCGGACGUGAACGACAACGCGCCGGCGUUCGCGCAGGCCGUGUACACGGUGCUGGCGCGGGAGAACAACGCGGCGGGCGCGGAGCUGGCGCGGCUGUGGGCGCGGGACCCGGACGAGGCGGGCAACGGGCGCGUGAGCUACUCGGUGGCGGAGGGCGGCGCGGGCGCGGGCGCGGGGUCGGGCGCGGGGUCGGGGUCGGGGUGGCGUCCGGCGUCGAGCUACGUGUCGGUGGACGCGGAGAGCGGGCGUCUGUGGGCGCUGCGGCCCCUGGACUACGAGGAGCUGCAGGUGCUGCAGUUCGAGGUGCGUGCGGUGGACGCGGGCGAGCCGCCGCUGUGCGGCAACGCCACGGUGCAGCUGUUCGUGGUGGACGAGAACGACAACGCGCCGGCGCUGCUGCCGCCUGCCGGCGGCGGGCCGGGGCCCUGGGCUGCGGGCGAGGCGUCGGCGUCGGCGUCGGCGCCGGGGUCGCUGUGGGCGUGGGCGGCGUGGGGGGCGCCGGCGGGGCAGGUGGUGGCGAAGAUCCGCGCGGUGGACGCGGACUCGGGCUACAACGCGUGGCUGCGCUACGAGCUGUGGGAGCCGCGGGGCAAGGGCCCGUUCCGCGUGGGGCUGUACAGCGGCGAGGUGAGCACGGCGCGGGCGCUGGAGGAGGCGGACGGCCCGCGGCAGAGGCUGCUGAUCGUGGUGCGGGACCACGGGGAGCCGUCGCGCUCGGCCACGGCCACGCUGAGCGUGUCGCUGGUGGAGGGCGCCGAGGCGGCGCUGUCGGCGGCGGCGGCGGCGGCGGGGGCGUCGUCGUCGGGGGCGGGUGUGCGGCCGGCGGCGGGCGCGGAGGGCGGCGCGGCGGCGGCGGCGGCGGCGACGAACGUGUGGCUGGUGGUGGCCAUCUGCGCGGUGUCGAGCCUGUUCCUGCUGGCGGUGGUGCUGUACGGGGCGUCGCGCUGGGCGCCGCGGGCGGCCGUGCUGGCGGGGCCCGGGCCGGCCACGCUGGUGUGCGCCAGCGAGGUGGGCAGCUGGUCGUACUCGCAGCGCCAGAGCCGGAGCCUGUGCGUGGCGGACGGCGCGGGCAAGAGCGACCUGAUGGUUUUCAGCCCCAACUGCCCGCCGCCGCCCGGCCCCGCGGCAGAAAACGCUUCUGCCGAGAAGGGACCUUCGCUCUCCCCGUACUCUUCGGGCACGGUAGGUUGCCCCCUGUUUUUUUAUUUUUUUUCUUUACCAGUUCUUGUGUUUUGUUUUCCGAUGGCAUUUCACGGUACGUAGGUCAUUGAAACGAUGUGGAUGUGGAAGUAAUUUUACAAGGAUUUUCGUCACAACAUGGUCUCUGCCAGUCCUGUUGGUUACUGGUGUGUAACAUUUCUGAAUGUUACUGUUUCUGCAGAAGGACUGCAGUCCAGGAAGACAUGGUCUGGUUGUGACUGUGCAGCAGGCACUGUUGAAAGCCCUUUGAGUAGCUGACUGCUGGGCCUACUGUUGUUACGUUGUUUUCUUCAGGGCCAUUUAGGAAACACCUUGUGUAGCUGGAAAAGCAGAACAGUCUUGUCCUCAUAUUUUUGGAUAAGUGAUGCUGUGAAGUCCUGUAUCCAUGCAGGAUGCUGCAAAGCUCUUGUACUGUCUGUCACCGAUGCCAUGAAUUUUGUGUCUCACUCCUUCACCAACAGGGUUGUCAUCUCUCAGAAUGAAGUCAAUACCCAUUGACGUUAGCUGUCAUUACAUCUCUGUUUGAAAGAGGCACACUGGCCAGUUUGGUGUUCUUCCAGUGAAUCUGCAAGAUGGUCCCUGUGUAUAUGGGACCAUUGGCAGGGUUUUGCAGGUUUCAGAUCUGUCAUUGCUGGGAAGGGUCUGUGAAAGUUGGAGUGAGCAUUGUGUUGGGAAGGGAAAGUGUGUCAUCUGGCGGAGGUGAAUGUGGCAGUGGCACUGAAUGGGACCUGGCCUUAUUCUGAAGCUCUUUAAUCUUGCCCUCUUCCUCCCCCUCGUCUUCUCCCUCUUUAUUGUCUGUGUCCUGCUCUUUAAUCUUGCCCUCUUCUCCUCCCUUUCCUUCUCCACCCCGUCUCCUGGUCUCCUGGCUGCCCCCUUGUAAUUGGUUGUGGAAGCCGGGCGCAGCCCCCGGGUCCAUGGCGUCUUGGUGUUUGUCAUAUGCUCGAGCUGCUAGUGCGAACAGCAGUAGGACAUGAGUCUGGGGCCCAGUGCAGGUCCUGCCAACGGCUGUUGUGCUUGGAGCCCUGCUCCUGCUGUUGGGACAGGGCUCUUCUUGAAACCUCUGGUGUUGUUGGAACACCUGAACACUUGCUGGUGAAUUUUUUUUGUUGUUGUGUUUUUUGGUCAAGAUGUUGUCGAGGGGUCAGCUGUGAUGUCUUCACUUCAUGCGUGAUGCUGGAAAGUCAUUGUACUGUCAGAUGCUGAUGAUACCAUGAUAUCGGUGCCUAGCACCUUCACACACACUUUUAGAAAUGGGAUGUGGGGCAGGUGAACACUGUUGGUGCCUGUUUAACUUAUUCUACUUGUGGCCAUGUAUGCCUGGUGCUAUUUUGGGGUAUUGACUGUAAUCAGGUGGUGAAGUUAAUUUUCCUCUUGUGUAGAUUUAACACCUGGACACUUUUCUCCUGGUGUUUUUGUGAAAGAUGCUGUCUGUGGCAGGGUUCAGCUCUGAAGUCUGCUCUCCAUUUGUGAUGUUGCUUAGUUGUAGUGGCUGAUGCUGUUGACACCAUGCUGUUGGUGUCUUACUAUUUCUCACAAAGGGUUGUUAAUAGAACAAGUGUAAAAGAUGAAGUGUAUUCUAUGCCCCUUGAAAAUGUACAAUAUUUUUUCAGCAGUAGAUUGUUUUGGAAAGCCAUGAUGCAGUAUGAAGCAUGUUAUACUUCCCCUUUUAUGAGUAUGCCUUUUGGGUGCUUUGGAAUACAGAGGUAGAAGAGCACACCGGGAGAUCGGGGCAAGAAACAGAGAGCUGUUUUUCUGCAUCAUCCAAGGCAUUUUGUUCAAGGACAAUUUCAGAAGAUCUGACUCCAGGCUGCCCCCUCAGAAGCGGAUGUGGCAGCCAGGUGCAGCCCCUGGACCCACAGCUGCUCAGUGCUCAUCAGGUGCUUGAGCUGUGAGUGCCAACAGUACUGUGGCCAGGGUCUGUGCCUCAGCGUGGGGCCUGGCAAGUGCCGAUGUGCUUGGAUUCCUGCUCCUGCUGCCAGGACAGGGCCUUUCUGUGGACCUCUCAUGCUGUACAGGGUCUGCUGUAAAAUCUUCUCUCCAUGCGUGAUGGUGGAAAGUCAUUCUCAUGUCUGAUACCUAUUGUACCUCAAUAUUGGUGUCUUAUUCCUCUUUGAAACUGUAGCAAAUGUGACAGGGGGCCAGUGACCACCGUUUGUGUCUGUUCAACUUGUUCUAGUUGUGUCCAUGUAUGCCUGUUCCUAUUAUUGUGCUACUGUCUGUAAUCAGCUGAUGACGGCAUUUGCAUCUCUCUAUUUGUGUCUCCAAGAUCUCCUCAUCCCUUGCUUUGGGACAUCAUAUUGAAACCAGUUGUUCAGUUUUUCUCAGAGAGAAUGAAAUCAAUGCCAAUUUUCAUUAGAGCUGUCAUGUCAUGGUCUCUGCAAGUCCCGUUGGUUACUGGUUUGGAGCAACUCUGCUUGAUACUGUUGAAGGACUGCAGGCCAGGAAGAGUCGGUCUGGUGGUGACUCUCAAGAAGGCACUAUUGAAAGCCCUUUAAUUAGCUGAAUGACAAGCCUGCUAUUAUCAUUGUGCAGUGUUUUGUUUUUGUUCUUGUUGAGAACUUGGUUUUUGUGUGUUUUGAUUGUCCUGUCAAGAAGAAAUGAUGAAGGUGACAUUUGGGUCUUUGGGCUUUUCUGACUGUGGAUUUGUAUUCCUUGUUAGGGAAGUGGCAUUUCACACAGAGCUCUGCUUAGAAGUUAUUACAAAGAGUCUGCCAGACAUUGUGGAUUUGGUACCAUUGGAAUAUAUAUAUUUUUUUGUAGCUGUGAUUGAUGGGAAGGGUCUGUGAAAGCUGGAGUGAUCCAUGGGGUGGGAAGGGAAAUGAUGCAAUCAGGUGGAGAUGAAUGUGGCAAUGGCAGUGAAUAGGACCUGGCCAUUCCCUGAUGUGAGGGAUGAAGUUGAAAAGGAUCUGCGUUGCUUGCCAUAACAGAAGUAGAAGAGAUUCCUGUUCAUGUUAAGAACGCAUGUCCCAGAAUGGUGGAUCAUGGGUGUCUAAAGCAAAGCCUGAGGGAGAAUGGUCCCAGAGUGUUGCUGUGGAAGACCCUUUCCCAGACUCCAAGACACAAGAUUUGAAGGUCUUCCUUAACCAGAGACAAUACGUGAUGUUGAAAUGGUCUGGAUGUCAUUUGAGGCAUAUUGCCUUCCAUCAGUUGUGAAUCCCUCUUUCUUCUCUGGGACAUGUUGAACGAGAAGGAAAAAGUUCAGACAUUGCAGAGAAGUGUGCCAGGAAGUAGAGUGGUUGAUUUCCCUUGAGGAGAAUCCCUUGAGGUGUGUUGUCCUUGUGUGGAGGGCUGGAAUUGUGUUAGAUGAAAUUACAGAGAGCCUUUUCUUGUGCAGGUCAGAGUAUGUCAGAGGAAGGCAUUUUGACUCCCUCGCUAUCCUGCUGUUGCAUGGAUUCUGUGUAGAGUUGUAGUUGCUUGUGAUCACCAUUUCGCUGCUCUCUGCAUGCCAUUCUUGUGCCCCCCAUCUUUUUCUAUGCUCUUUGAAGAUACAUCGACUUUUUCACUCUCUUUACCACCAGAAAGUAGUUUGUAAAGGGGAAGAUGCAUCUGAAACCAUGUUAUACUUUUUCCCUCUAUGAGUAUGCCACUAGCGUUCUUUGCAAUGGAGAGUAGAAGAGCACAGCCAGAAGUCAGGAGAAGAAAGAAACUGGUUUGAUGCACGAGCCAAGGUGUUUUGUUUGAGGAUGGCUUCAGAGGAUCUGUGCCAGUUGUAUGCAUUCUCUGGUGACUGGCCUGUCUUGUGUCCUUGGAGUGCUGGUAAAUGUGGCGUGAUUGUUUCCUUGUGCCCAGCUCAAGGUCAUUGCAAAUGGGUGCAGUUGGAGGCUUGUCUGAUGCUCAUGAUACAGUGAUGUUGGAGUCUUGCUCCUUCACACACAGGCCUUGUAAAGAAACAUGAGAUAGGCGAGCACCGUUGGUGUUCAACUCGUUCUUCUUGUAUGCUACUGCUGUUGGUUUUAUGGACUUACAAUCCCCUUAUGUGUAAUCCCCUUAUUAUUAGUAUUUUUUCUUUUUUAAUUUUCACGUCUCUGUUGGCAUGCAUCUAGGAGGUCCUCAGCUCCUGGUUUGGAACAUCUUACUGAGGCUAGUUGUUCAGUAUCUGAGGUUUUCUCUGACAGAAUAAAACCAAUACCGAUUUUGCUUCAAUCUGUCAUGACAUGAGGUCAACAAAUGCUUAUUUAUUUUGUUGUGCAUCAUUUACACCUGAGAUUGCUGAAGGAGUGGAAGACAUGACGGAUGGUGAUGGU